AUGUCCAUCACCAUAUAAUAAUCUUUUAUUCCCUUUUACAUCAAUAAGAAACCGCGUAAAACAAACCCCCACUUCAAAUCUUGAUUCCUGAGCCAAAAGAUUCAAACUUUGAACACAAAAUGAUGGUUUUUAGAUUAAUUUGUGAUUUGAUGUAUGUUUUUAUGCAUUCUUGAAAGUGGGUUUUUGAUUUAUAAUUAGUAGUUGUGAAAAAGAUCUAAACUUUGGAUAGAAAGUGAUGGUUUUUAGGUCAAAUUGUUGUUUGAUGCAUGUUUUUAUGCAUUUUUGAAACUGGGGUUUUUGAUUUAUGAUUAGUAGCUGUUGAAAAGAGAAAAAAAAAGUGUUGCUAUGGUGGCUUUUGUUGCAUUGUUGUUUGGGUUUGUUUUAGGGGCAUUAGUUGUUAUUGGUAUUGAAGUUUUUGUGGUUUGGUUUUUGAUUAAGAAAUUGAGUAAAAAGGCUAAUGAAGAAGAGAUUAAGGUUAAGAAAAAUGUGUUGGAUGGAAAAGAAGGACUUCAUUUUUCUUACCCAAAUAAACAAGGAUUGGUUUGGGUUUUAGAAAAGGAAAAGAUCCCUAAAAUUACACCAACCGCUGAUAAAAAUCCCCGUCAGCAAAAACGUAAAGUUGAAAUCGUUGAAGUUUCACCUGUCAGGAAGCAUGCAAGCAUCAAGGAUCAAUCACUCUUUAUUACAGAACUAGACGGGUCCCUUACAAAAAUUUCUUUAUUAGGCUGUGUUGCAGAAGCUGUUUCUGCUACAAAUCAACCCUCUAGAAAGUGGGCCAAAAAGUACCCAAUCAAAGUGGAGAACAAAUCAUCAGUAGUAUAUCAUGGAAGCAAGUUAUUCUACUUGUAUUUUGAGACAUCUUGUGAGAAGGAAUCAUGGUGUAAAGCAUUACGUCUUGCUUCUUGUGAAGACAAAGAGAACCUUAGGUGGUUUAAUAGGUUGCGGUCGGAGUUUCACAGUUACUUGGCGUCUUUAAAUGUUGAAUAUCCCUCAUUUUUGAAACAAUCUAUUAGUUUUAAUCCAGAAAUAGGGGAGAAAUCAAUUAAAGUAGAUGGUUCACAAUCAAAAGUUCGCCACUUUUUGAAAAAAUUUGCAAAGAAAACAUCUAAAACUGCAAAAGAAGAUAAAAAGAUUAUUGAAAGUUCGGUUGGUGGAUCUGUGAAGGCCCCCCAAACACAAAAGAGACCUUAUAAUGCUGCUGAAGAGAUCAUCCAAGCAUUAACACCAAGGUCUACCUCAUCAGGAAGCAGAAAUCAAGCUUCUGAUACAGAUUCAAAUGAGAAAGUAUUAAGUGAUGAUGGAACAUUAUGUUGCAGUUUGCUAAUAUCACGGUUGUUCUUUGAUGCCAAAAGCAGUGUGGAUUUGAGGAACUCGAUACAAGCACGAAUUCAGAGAACACUGUCCACCAUAAGGACCCCGAGUUACAUAGGUGAUAUCAUCUGCACUGGUGUAAAUCCUGGAAAUGUUCCACCAUAUAUUCUUGGUAUGAGGGUUCUGCCGUGUGAUCUGAAAGAAGUAGUUGCCAUGGAGAUUGAUAUUGAAUAUUAUGGUGGCGCGGUGUUGGAUAUUGAAACAAGGCUUGAAGUGCAGGAGCUAGAAACAAACUCAGAUUCCAAGUCUGUGGAUGAAGUCAAGACGGAUCUUCUAGAAGGUGUUGAGUAUUAUGAACAGCAGUUGAAGCUUAAUGAACAAAAAAAUCACUCCGUGGAGCGAAAGGGUGAUGAAAUACGCAAAUUCGAGGAGACCAAAAGUUUUAAGGCCAAUGAACUAGCAUCUUCUACUAUAUCUAAGUGGAAAUCUGUACUAAAUUCCGUCGCCAAACAAGUCUCUCAGGUUCCCCUUUCAAUGGCAAUACGGGUAACAACUCUUCGAGGAACCUUGCGAGUACACAUAAAACCUCCCCCGUCAGAUCAAGUGUGGUUUGGUUUCACAUCCAUGCCUGAUAUAGAUUUUAAUCUGGAGUCUUCCGUUGGUGAUCACAAGAUAACUAGUGGACAUAUUGCAUUGUUCAUAAUCAGUAAAUUUAAGGCUGCCAUUCGUGAAUCUAUGGUACUCCCUAACUCUGAAAGUGUAACAAUUCCCUUUAUGUUAGCCGAAAAGAAUGACUGGAUCCCACAAAAAGCUGCUCCAUACAUUUGGACUAAUCCUGAACUUCACCCUGAGCCAGCGGUCGAAUCUACUGCUGUGCACGAAAUCCAGCGCCCCCAGCCUUCUGAAGAAAUCCAUCCACAAAAACCACAAGUCCAUAGCAGUAACACUCGUAGUACAGAAAGUAGCAGCUGUAGUACAGAAAGCAAACACAAUGUUGCACAGGAUAAACCAACUGAUUUGUCGGAGGAUAGAAAAGCAGUAUCUGAUGAAAGUUCUUCAGAUGAGAAAACACCAUUGUUAGAAAGCGAGGAAAAGCCUCCACCACCACCACCACCACAAGAGGUAGCAAUAAUGGCGAUUCCUCGCCAGUCAGUGGAAGAGAACAAAGAAGUUAAAUUUCCAAAUUGGCAACAUCCUUCCCCGCCCCAGUCAAUGGCGGUGACAACCACAGAAGAAAAUAACGACACAGUAGAAGGAGAAGAUGCCAGGUUAAAGAGAAUGGGAACCAGGGCGAAGAUGCUUGGGUUACGGAAGAAGAUGGGGGAAAAACUCGAGGAGAAGAGACGUAACAUUGAAGAGAAAGGGAGGCAUAUUGUUGAGAAGAUGCGAGGACCUGGAGGACUUUAGUUAAGGCUAUUGGGCAUAUGCUUUGCUUGUGCAUUGGUAUGUAUAUUUUUCACGCUAUGCUCAUGUCAUUCACGUGUACUUUGUAGGCUAUUGCUGAGGACCUUGUCAUUAAUCGCAGUCGUCGUUAAAAGAGUUUCGAAUUAUUGAUUCUACAGUUGAAUACAUGUAUAUUUUUUUUUGGUCAAA